CCUCGUACGUCACUCUGCGCGCGACCGAAAUGGCGGUGCCCGGUGGUGGAGAUACGGGCUUUGGGAGGGUUGCCGGUGUUACUUUUACAAUCCCAGGCGUUACUUCUGAAAACGAGACCGCAAAACCCGGGGAACAGCAAAAGAAAAGGCCUUGCAGGGCUUGCGUGGACUUUAAGUCUUGGAUCAAAGAGCAAAGAAAACAGAGCACCGCGCAGGGGAGUCCAGCUGAAGAAAAAAAUGAGCCCGUGGAUUGUCCACUAGAUCGGGAACAACUUGGCAGAAGUACUUGGUCUUAUCUUCAUACAAUGGCCGCAUAUUAUCCUGACAGUCCCACAAACAGCCAACAGCAGGACAUGAAACAGUUUAUUAAUUUGUUUUCAAAAUUCUUUCCUUGUGAAGAAUGUGCUGAAGAUUUAAGAGCCAGGCUAAAAUCAAAUCAGCCAGACACCAGCAGUCGGUACAAUUUCUCUCAGUGGAUGUGCACUCUCCAUAAUGAAAUCAACUUAAGAUUAGGAAAACCUGAAUUUGACUGUACCAAAGUGGAUGAGAGAUGGCGAGAUGGUUGGAAGGAUGGAUCUUGUGACUGAGAUAAAUUCAAUUUACUGUACAGAAAAAAAGAACCUUCGUGUCUUGUGCUUCAGACCUGCAAUGAUGGAAACACUACUCUGUUUCCCACUGGAUGCUCCCUGUAAUUUUUGUAAUCUGAUUUAUUUUUGUACAUAUCUCAGAUUUGUAAUGAGUGGUUUUAAAAUUAUCAGUGCUUUCAAGUUCCAGAGUUCACCUACUGUAAUUAAAACAUAGGCAGCAUUUCUACAAACAAGUAAUGUAUUUCUGUUUAGAAACAUUGUAUACAGUUUCUGUCUUGAUUUUUUCACAUAUGUGACUGAAGGUCCAUAGUAAAACAUAACAAAUGUUUUUAUCAUUAAUUGAAAUCACUUUCAUUGAUGUUUGCCAGGUUGGAUUACAAUUUCUGAAAAAUCAGGUAACGGCAAAAUUUGUAAAAUGAAUAGUUGAGUACUGUACUUUAAAUGUUUCAUUUACAUUGUGAACAGCUGUAUAGAAUUUGACACCCUAAACUUACGUUGACAAUAUUCUGAAGCUUGUCUCUCUCUGUCUCUCUGUCUCUCUUUCUGCCUACAGUACAGUAUGUAUUGCAUAUGCGAUUGUAUGAUUAGUGAACUUUGCCUUGAAUGAUUUUUUGUCUUUUUGCAUUUCCCAUUUAGUGAAACCUUUUAUUAUAUAAUUCAGUACUGUACAGGUCUGAUUGGGUGUCUACUAUUGAAGUAUUACUGAUACUGUAUAUAAAAUUAUUUUUAUUUAUAUUUUUAUGUUUAACCUGAUGCUAAUUUCAACUGUGUCUGUUUAUACUGAUUAUAAAACUGUGAAUCAGAACAACAUAAUUGUAUGCAGUAAAUGAUAGAAAAAGAAUAAUUAUGAAAUUAUUUAGUAUAUACAGUAAUUAUGUCAGUAGGCAAUGUGGUAUGGUAGGUGGUGAAAACCAAUCAAUACAUUGUGAAGAUGUGUUUAAAGUCUUUGCAGAGAUUUCUUUCUGUACAUUUUGUUUUUCCUGUGUAUAUGUAAGAUGAACUGUUCAGCCAUAACAUUAAAAUCACUGACACGAGAA